AAAUUUACAAAUUGUCAAAUUCAAACUGAUUUAUAUCUAGCUUAUUUAUCUUCAUCACUCAUAAAAACUCUAAAUUCAUUAGUAAAAAAUGCAGAUUGUACAUGAGCCAGCCCAUUGUAUUUGCUCUAAUAUCCAGUCACCAUUGGAUAAAAUCUCUGAUACACCUGCAAAAUUACAAGAAAAAUAUUACCAAGAAAUCGGAGCAGAGAUGCUUGGAAAUCAAUUAAUUAUAAGAAUAGAAAAAGAUAAAAAUAUGAAUAAAAAGAAACGAGGUCAGUGGGAACCACUUUGUGAUUGUGAGAUGGUAGAAAUUCGAAGACCUUCUCGCAACGAGGGUGCAAAAAUCGUUAACGCCGGAGAUAACAAUCAAAUUUUAUUUCGAAUUCAUUCCAAACGUCGUUUAAAUUACCAGGAUGAUCAAAAUUAUAAAUCCCAAGCAAUUGCAUAUAAGGUUGGAUCUACAGAAGAAGGGCCAGGUGAAAGCAAUAAUUGUCGAACUAUCACAGUUCAUCCCCAAUUAGGAGGGCCUGGAACACAAGAAGUUUUCACUGAUCACAUAACAGAAGGAAAUCAAGAUAUUUUUCUCCUGAGAAUUAAGAAAAAAAGCGAAAUUUCCAAACAAGUACAAAGAAAUAUAGAAGUUGAACUUUACACACCAAAACCUCCAGCUCCCCUUCCUCCUCCUCCACCAAUGGUUCCACCAACCCAGGAAGAAGUGCAAGAACAACCUACCCCCAAAGCACCUGAAAAAGGAAAAGGUGGAAAAAAGAAAAAGUGACAAAAUAAAUAUUUAUUUCGGAAGGAAUACUUGAAAAGGCAUUUGGUGAAAAAAAGUGUAAAAUUUUUUAUAAAUAGAAAAUGGAAUAGAAAAUUAUAGACACCUGAAAAAAUAAAAAUUUCAAUUCAACCACUUAAAAUAGAUGAUAUACUAUACAAUU